GAAGGAAGCCGCUCUGCAGGCACUGAAGACCAGGCGUUCAUCGGUGCCUCCUGCCCAUCUGUCUGUGGUGCUUUCAGCUCACACAGACUUACUUAGUCCAGUGCCUGGUAGGAAAGGAAUUUCAGAGCGGCUUUAGGAGAGGGUUUUAGGGCAGAAGAGUUUCAGAGUUCAAACUGCAUGUUUUAAUUUCACGGAGCUGUCUGUGGGGAAAGGCUGGAUUUUACCCACUGCUGCUGGAGUUUUCACUGGCGCUUUGAGAAGGUAUCGCCAUGCUUGCAAGAAGGCAGCCCUGUUCCUGGAGUUUCAUGCUAGGACUGUGUGUUUUCAUGCCCUUCCACUUGGCUCAAACCAGGGGAAAGGAGAUGGUGGAAGAUGCUGCUGCAGAGCUUCGGCUGCACAAUAUGGAGCAAACUCCAGAUGAAAAUGGAGCUCCAUCCCUGAACCCAAACUUCUGUGACUUCUCAUUUCACAUCCCUGGGUCUGUUAGCUUUUGCACGCCCAGUACCCAGGCGUCUCCACCAGCCACUCAGGAAGAGCUGGACCAUCUCAAGAUCUCGUUGGCGGACAUUGGGAACAUCCUCAAGACCCUUCAGGAUGCUGCAGCUCUGGAGGAUGGCAAGGCCAGGUACCAGGACAUCAUUUCUGAGGUGCUCCCGGGUGUCAGGGAGGCAAACGUGGAGUUCCAGGAGACCCUCGGGAAGUUCUUGAGGGAGUUGGAGGACCACAUCCAAGAGGAGGACCAUCCACAUGUGGUGGACGAGAAAAAGAAGUUAAAGGAACACAUGCGGAGCAUGGAGCGCAUGCUUCAGCGCACCGGCAGCCUUGCUGAACAGCUGGACCAAGUAUCCGAACGCCUCCGGGUGAUGCUGACCCAGCCCUUGGGGAAGGCGGCUUCCUUCGUGUAUGGGAGUGCUCUGCAGCCUUCGUAGGCAGGAGGGCAUUCUGUGGGGAAGGCAUGCCAAAGAUCUCAGCAUGAUGGACGCAGCUGCACAGCCAUCACGAGCAUUUCCAGGCCUGCCAUUUGCUUGUGUCGCGGUAGCAAUUUAUCGUGCAAAGAAGCCUUGUUUAUUUCCAAAGCGCUCUCUCGCUCUUUCGUUUUUGCGUAUUGCAGAAUUUCACCUGAUAUUCGGUCCCAGGCCAGACUCACGGCAGCUUAGAAGGAGGGUGAACGGAGGGCUUUGGGAAGUGUCAACGCUCCCCGCCAUGUUCAGUGAAUGUGGGAAGAGCAACAGCUGAAGGGGGGGGCGGGUGGUGGUCUCAUGAUCAACCCACUGCCCAACCAGGGCUGGAUCAGGGCUGUUAUUGUGAGGCCUUAGAAGCACCAGAAUUUAGGCCAGGCAAGAGGACCAGGGGCAUGGAGCCCACCUGUGUGACCUUUGUGAACCCCCAAACUCAUUUUGCACCAUGACUCACUCGCUGGGGAGGAUGGAGCAGCCCCACAUAUGCACAAAGGCCUGCCUCUGGAACUGUUUUCUGUCCCUGGGGGAAAGGAUGUAGCUAUAAUUGAGUGGCUGGGUUCAAAGAACAUGAGCCCCCAGCUCCUGAAGGCCCCCCAGCUGGGGUUUUUUCUUCAUUAUCUCCCUCACUCCACAUAGCCCCCCUCCCCCAGCUACGCCCCUGCCUGCGGGGGGGGGGGAGAAGGCAGGAGGGAAAGAGCUGAGGUCAGCUGAAAGAGCUGCAUGUGUGUUUCAAAGCCCCUUUGGAAUCCCUCGCCUAUCCCUUUCAAUCCCGCACAGAAAAACCAACCCCCUUUUCACACUUCUGAAAAAUCAAUUUUGGGGUUGUGGGUUUGCUCCCCCUAAUUAAUUCCCUGAGGACUCCGUGUAUCAUCUUUCCUUUCCAAUUCAUCGUACAGCCUCUCUUUGUGCUCCUGCAGAAUGAUAAAGAUGAAUCAAUAACACCCAGCUUCAGAACAUCAGGGGACGUCUGCACUCUCGCAGCCCUGAAGGGGAUGUUUGGUUGGCUCCGGUGCCCCCUAGUGGCCACAUUUUCUUGCUGGGCUGGCUUCUUCUAAAUUUCUUUCUGUUUGCAGUAGUCAGAACAGCCUUUAAAACAGGGGGGUAUCCAGCGCCCUGUGCCUUUUGUCCCUCACCCGUUGGUCUAAAUCUCUUAACCUGGUGCUGGAAUCCUAAUGCAAUAAAGUGAAGUGCUGACCAUC